AUGGGAGAGAGACAUCUAUGUGGUAAUUGGAUGUGUGGGUGAUCUUCCUGUAUAUGUUGUGAGACCAGAAACUGAUCCCUCUAGAGGAGCCCGAACUCUGCACAGAGACCUCCUUCUUCCUUGUGGAUUUCUUCCCCAGACUGAAGAAGUUAACCAACCAGUUUCCACACCUGCUAAUAGGCCUCGGACUCGUAAUCAGCAGGAGACAGUGGAGGAUCCAGAGGACAGCCUGGAUGAAGAGGAUGAGGAGAGGAGUUUAUCUCAUUUUUCAGUCUUGCCAACUGUAAAGGUCAGUGUUAAGGAUAACAUUCCUGCCCAAACUAUGAACGGAGUUCCUUUACCCCAAAUGGAACAGCUAAAUAAUUCACUUGUCGAAGAAUCAUCUCUAUCUGAUGCUGUGGAUGUACCGGAAGUCGAGGAAGAAGAUCAGAUGGACCUGGGAGAUCCAACUGAGCCUGAACAUGUUCCUGAACUGAGCCCAUUAGAGGAAAAUAUGGAGUUCCACAGCCCAGUAGAGACAUCUCCUAAUGCAAUAAAAUCAUCACCACAUUCCACUGAAACACCAGUGGUUGCUCCUGAGU